CGCGCCCCGGCCAUGGGGCUCUUCUCGUUCAAGUCCAAGGAGGACAAGCUCCUGGACCAGAUCUUCAACUUGAAGUUCACGGGGAAGCAGCUCGGGCGGACCGCGGCGAAAUGCGAGAAGGAGGAGAAGGCGCUCAAGGCGAAGGUCAAGACCGCGAUAGAGAAGGGAAACAUCGAAGGCGCUAAGAUUUACGCCACGGACUCGAUUCGCAAGAAGAACGAGCAGCUGAACAUGAUGAAGCUCGCAUCUCGACUCGACGGCGUCGUCUCGCGCUUAGAGACCCAGGCGAAGAUGAACAUGGUGAACAAGAACAUGGCGGGCAUCGUCAAGAAUCUGGAAAAGUCCCUUGACGACCUCAACCUCGAGCAGGUGGCGGCUAACAUGGAGAAGUUCGAGCGGCAGUUCGAAGACCUCGACGUGCAGACCGAGUUCGUGGACCAGGCGAUGAGCAACACGACCGCGCACACGACGCCGCCGGAGCAGGUGGCGCGGCUGAUGCAAGAGAUCGCGGACGAGCACGACUUGGAAUUUAGCGCCGCGCUGCCCGAGGCUGGCAAGGCGGCGGCGGAGGCGGAGGCGGCGGCGGCGGACGAGGAGAAGGCGGACGAGCUCGAGAGCAGGAUGGCCGCGCUGAGGCAGCGGAGUUGACGGAGGUUGACGGAGUCGAGUCGAUCGAACGUCGCGGACGCGGACGCGACGCGAUGACAACCUACCGCGACGGACGUCGCGCGCGCGACUGACGAACGAGAGAAUAAAAAAAUGCCGCGACGGUGAUUAAAAAAACGGUAACCAACGCUCCC